AUGUCAGGCCCAGUGUAUGGCGGAGAUGAGGUGAACGCGGUGGUGCUGGAUGUGGGGACGUACCACACAAAAGCGGGAUAUGCAGGAGAGGACACGCCCAAAUACGUCUUCCCCUCGGCGGUGGGCGCGCUGGGCGGCGGGGCUGACGGCAUGGAGGUGGAUGGCGCCAAGCGCACGCUGUAUGUCGGCACGCACGCGCUCAGCCACCGGAGAGAUCACAUGGAGGUCAUCUCGCCGUUCAAGGAUGGCAUCCUGAGUGACUGGGAGGUGGCUGAGGGCCUGCUAGACCAUGCACUCAAGCAGCAGAUGCGGCUGGCCACGGAGGGCCACCCGGUCAUGCUGGCGGAGCCAUCAUUCAACAGCAGGGAGGCGCGGGAGAAGGCGGUGGAGCCUGCUGUUUGA